UAAGGCAAUGCUACCUCUACCGAGCCGACGCGCUUUCAGUGUGAUCCACGCGGCCAAACCGCGAGGAUGCGUAUUUGGGAUAAAUAUAUUUUGACGGUUGUUGAGAAAGAAAUUGCCCUCGAUAUAGAAUGUUUUUCAAUUCGUGAUCGUAUAGAAAUAAUAUGUAAUUACUGUUCGGUGUUUUCGUAAAAUUUUUCAGGAAAUUUCUUUUAUUUACAUAAAGAAAUUAUGUUUCAAAGUGAAUUAAUAGCACGCAAAAUACGUAACAAUUAUCGUUUCAAUAAAACAACAACAGAACAUUUUUUUUUUUUUACGAUUUUGAAAUUGUGAAAUUUAUUACAUAAAAAAAACAUCGAUAAAAUUACGUGUGAAAUUCAAAAGGAUUUAUAGUAGCGAAAUUUAAAUCGCAAAAGUUUUAAUCACGAAUUCCUACGUUCCCGUUUCACGCUCGUCUCGAAACUAUGAUCCUAUUCAAAAAACCAUUUUCGCUUUCUCGAGAAACGAAAAGUCGAUGAGAAUAAUCUCGAAUAAUUCUAAAAGCAUUUAGUAUCACGAACUACUUGAUCGUUAAUUUCGAAAUUGUCGUUUGCGAAAAGUUUCUCUUAUGUCGUUAUAAAUGAAGGCACGAGUAACGAUUAAUCUAAAAACAUCGUUACACAAGAUAAAGAGGAAUCGUUUUCAAAAUUACCUGCAUACUGGUGAGAACCAGUUCCAAGUGAAGCGAGCUAAGGUUACACAUCCUCACUGAUCAUUCUAGAUUACUGGUAAAAACAAUGUGGUCACAAAAUCCACGUGAGAGAAAAAGAAGCAUGUAAUUCGAAACCGUUAAACAGAUCGAAAGGCAUUGUAACGACAUCUCGCGGAACAAUUUUACGCGCGAAUUAUCACUAAUGAAUUUUUACAUUUAUGCAAUUAUUCGAUGAUACAAUAGUUUCGAAUAUAUAUAUGUUUCACUCGCGAUUGAUCUAUUCACGAAAAAAUCGUAAAUUUAAUGGAAUCGAUGUAAAAUGAAACCGGUAAAAAUCAUUCGAAUCCUCGCAAUGAGCCACUUGAUUCUUAAUGAAACUAUUCAACGAUUUUAUUCGCGAAUUCAUAUCUUGGUUGAGAUUUCAAUCGAUCACAGUUUGUUUUGUCGUUGAAAGAAUAAAGAUAUUCGAUUGUCGGUUUUAUUAACUAGAUUCUUUUCACAAUUUGAAAUUUAAGACAACACGAUGCCGUAUCACUUCGAGUCCCCACCGUUUACUACCUGAUGUUAGCCACGAGACAUAAUUGUCGCGCAGAUCGCAUAACUAUCGAUUAUCGGAAAUAGUUCGAUUUCUCUAGAGAAUCUCGCAGUGAUCUCGCUGCAGUGUUGUGAAUAUCGUGAGUGACAUUGACAUUCGAAUUUUUGUUAGUGCAGUGAAAAAAUCUAAAAGAAGAAUGUUAUUAUGAACGAAGAAUUGUGUAAUGAAGAAAAAAGAUUGCAACUGGAAACUGGAAUUCAAGAAAUUACCAAAAAAUGUAAGAAAAGAGGAGAAAGAUCGAGGAAAAGUUAGAACGGAAGAUCUUAAAGAAUCCACAAACCGGGGAACGUUGGAAAAUGUCGUCGCCGAAAAGACACUCUCGUCGUGAUCGCGUUUCCUAAUUAGACUUAGGAAGGGGACGGUUGAUUAUUGGAAAACUGGCCGGCCGAUCAACCCGAUCCCCAAUUUUUCCCCGCCCAAAUGUGACGGAUGUGCGAAAGUGUCGAGGAGAUCGAGCGAGUUUUCCGAGUUUCAAGCGCGAAUUUCGACGGAAGGUAAUUAUGCGGAAUAGAAGACAGAGCGGGGCGUCGCGAGUGAAUGGGGUGACGAGGCGUUGCUCUUUCGUGGACAAGGUGCCCUAGUUCCCCAGGCAUGGCUCGGUGUCUGCGCGAGUCGUGGUCCAAAGUUCGGGGAGAAAUAAUCUAAUUUGUCGGAUGAGCACUGGCCAGACGGAUCCCUGUCGAUACGAUUUCGCCACGACAUGGAGGGGGAUCUGAUCGCCUCUUGGACCGGCAACCUGACCGCGAUGUUGCACCACCUGCCCUGCAACGACACCUUCCUCCACGGAUGCGCGGAGGAGUGUGGACUCGCCUCGUCGGGAUUCGAUCACAUGUGCACGGCCGAGAAGGGAAGCUUCGCCUCGUCCAUGACUCUGCUCUGCGCGCCCUGCGACUACUCCAACUGCGACGUGAACGUGUCCUUGGUCCUCAGCGGGCUGGAGAGCGUGGAGGGCGUUUUCCUGUCCAGGUUGCCGAGGUUCGAGUGCAACGAGACCGAUUUUCCCGAUCAGAUAUUGGAGUGCACGGCGACUACGGAGAACGCGACUACGGAGGACUUGACCAUCUCUUGCUCGCACAGGGCGAAGGGCUUGAAUACGGCUGGGAGCAGAGGGCGACGUCUCGACUGGAACUUUCUCUUCGUUGCUGUAUUUAUCGUGGCGGGUGGCCUGGGGAACAUACUCGUCUGCCUCGCUGUGGGGCUCGAUAAAAGGCUGCACAACGUCACCAAUUACUUCCUUUUGUCUCUCGCGGUGGCCGAUUUACUCGUCAGCCUGUUCGUCAUGCCUCUGGGCGCGAUCCCAGGCUUCUUGGGAUACUGGCCAUUCGGAGUGGUGUGGUGUAACGUGUACGUGACGUGCGAUGUGCUGGCUUGUUCCGCGAGCAUAAUGCACAUGUGCUUCAUCUCGUUGGGCCGGUAUCUCGGCAUCCGGAAUCCUUUGCGGACGAGGCACACGUCCACCAAACGGAUGGUCGGCUUCAAGAUAGCGGCUGUGUGGUUGCUCGCCAUGUUGGUCUCCAGCUCGAUCACGGUUUUGGGCAUAAUAAAUCCUCUAAACAUCAUGCCACGGCCGGGAGCGUGCGUGAUCAACAACAGAGCGUUUUUCGUGUUCGGCUCUCUGAUCGCCUUCUACAUACCCAUGAUCGUCAUGGUAGCCACUUACAUUCUGACGGUGCAGCUGCUCAGGCAAAAAGCCCGUUUCAUCGCGGAACAUCCUGAACGAGAUCAAUUCCGAAGGCUGGGAGGCAGAUAUUUCUCGACGAGGGCUUCCUCCACCGCCACCUCGACCGUGGAAACCGCCACCCCUUCGUCGUCGCGGUAUACGUGGAGGACUUCCGGCGGUGUCGGAAGCGACAGUUUAACCAAAUUAAACGCGGAGGCUCUGUGCCGUCGCAAACAUAACAGGUGCAGGGGGGCAAGGUCGGCCGCAAAGUCUCAACCGCAGUUGAAUUUCGCCGUGAACGGGGCGAGUAACCCGGCCGGAAGCGGAACCGGGGCGACGAGACUGGCGACGAAAGUGGAUCAGGCGACGCAAACGCCGGAGAAUAUCGGCCGUGAAACAAGGAAUUUCACUCUGAAGGCUUUGAAGCUCCAAUUAAACGUCACUCCCAACACCCUGAAUCUCAGGUUUCUCCCCGGUAGAACGAAGAGGAGAUCGUUGGCCGCGAACGCCGUUGCAACGGAGCAGAAAGCCAGCAAGGUGUUGGGCCUGGUUUUCUUCAUGUUCGUGCUCUGCUGGGCCCCGUUCUUUCUACUAAACAUAUUUUUCGCCGCGUGCCCCGAAUGCUCGGUCCCGGUACACGUGGUCAACGUGUGUCUGUGGCUCGGAUACGUGUCCUCCACGAUCAAUCCGGUCAUCUACACCAUCUUCAAUAGAACGUUCAGGGCUGCGUUCAUCAGAUUGUUGAAGUGCAAGUGUUCCAGGUCAGCAAGGCCGAGGCAUCGUUCAGUGACGGAGAGUGGACGAAACGCGAUGAGCCUGUGCACCCCGACCGCGCUGCCAUUGGUCAUUAGUCUUCAGGGUACGCCGUUGUUGACGCCAACACCGAAUCCGACGGCGGCCACGCCGGCCUCGGCAACCUCCUACGUGACGAUGAUGCAUCGCACGCCAACCUCCCUUUACCGUGACACUUUUCAUCAACACGAGCACGAUCAGAAUUGUUGAGGAGAACAAAAGUGGAUCAUCCUCCUCGAGGAUGCGGGAUCGAUCACACAGCGGGUGGACACAGCCGCUCCACGAUUCCUCGUAUCGAGGGGAUUUCUUUUAAUUUUUUUCCUUUUCUUUUUUUUUUUUUCUCCAUCUUUGUGAAAUUUUCUAUGAGUUGUGAGAAUUCUGAUUCGAGAAAUUCGGGGAAAGUAUGUACAAAAGUUUACCAAAUUAGAAAUUAUUCCCCGUGUUACGUUUACGAGAGAAGGGAUGAAAUGAAAUCGAGAGUUUCAAUUCUUGGGACGUGGAUAUGUGCAAUACGAAUAUAUGGAGAGAAAUGGAGUAACUGAAGGGAAUGUUUGAUCUAAAAAUACCUGCCGCACAAUUUUUGCCUCCGUGUCUUUUCAUGCUCAAUCGUGGUAGAGGAAGAACGGCAAAGAAUCCCGAGAAGAAAUAUAUAUAUAUAUGUAAAUGUGAUAAAA